CCUGUGGAGAUUCAACCCAUCCCUCCUCCUGAACACAAUACAGUCUAUUUCCGUGAAUGGGAGGAGCAAGACAGAGAGGCAGAGCCCGAGCGAAGGCGAUGUACAGCAGCACAGGAAGUUACGUUUUGAAAGAUAAAGUUGAUGCUACACGGGACACUCCACCUCGACACUGUAAUAUGAAGCAAAUGCAUAAAAUGAAUAAAUCUGCAAAAGCGACUCUUUUCACAUUCCCACCAAGUCAAACACAUCCUAUAAUACAGUGUAUAAUUGACAGUAACAUCAAGGAGCUCAAAAAAUUACUGAAGAACAAUGACAUUAAUCAAGUCUUCCCAUGCAGAGAGUGUGGUGAUUAUAUAACUCCACUGAUUGCUGCUGUUGUAAAUCACAACAGGGAUAUUUGCACCUACCUUCUGCGUCAGGGUGUGGACCCAAAUACUCCUUCCCAAAAUGGCUGGACACCUUUGCAUUAUGUCUCACUAUCCAAAGCACCACCUGUUUUUGUCAAGAAACUGCUUGAAGCAAAAGCUAAUCCAAAUGGAUGGACGCCCCCGGAACUACAGCCAUUCACACCACUGCAAACUGCUGCCAUCCAUGACAGAGAAGAUGUAAUCAAAGAGCUCCUCUCUGCUGGUGCAAUUGUAACAUUAUUUCCUGUUACUGAUCCUGAACAUCUGAUUAACAAUGAAAAAAUAUCUCAGAUGAUUCAAAACUUGGCAUCCAGUGGAGAUGAACUUGCCUCAAAAAUCAGAUGUUUUUUGGAUUUGGAAAUUGCUGUGAUGCAACAGAAACCACCAGAAGAAGUCUUCAGGAGUUUUGACAGUCACAUGCUACAGGAGGAUCCUCAGAUACAUCUGACCAUAAUUGAAAUGCUCUUUACUGUAACUGGGCCAAAUCAAGAAAAAUACAGCCAGGGAAGCAUUAAAUGGCUGAAGGACAAUGGAAGUCUGAACUCCUACAUUGCAGGGGCAGUGAGUCGCUUUCCAAACAUUCGCCAGCAGCAUGUAUAUAGGACAAUAAUUACUUUACAUGCAGUUUUCUGCACAAUGGAUGAGGUACCAACUGAGCAAGCACUAGCUAUAAUCCCCCUGCUACUGGAAAGACUUUGCUCAAAAGGGAGACCUGAUAUUUGGGAAGCUGUUCAGCAGACACUGUAUGUGGUAACACAGAAAACAAAAGGUACAAAUGACUGGCAUCCCAGUUUUAUUGAGAAGUUAUGUAAGACAGUUGCUCCUUUUGUGAAGGGCCAGUACUCUUCUGACUUUAGAGUCUACACAUAUGGCAUAUUUGCAAACUUACUUUCAGUUGAACAUGCUGUGAACAUCUUUCCAUCAGUGGGGAUAAGUUCAGUGCCUGAGGACAUACUGACAUCUGCAGAUAUGAAAAUGAAUGACAAGCUGAAAGAAGCACUCAGACGACUGAAAAAUCAUUUCAGCAAACCAAAUAUGGAAUGUGAAAAUGGUGCAGCCUUAUCUGACUCCAGGAAAAAGAAGAAAAAGAAGAAGAAGAAGAAGGAGAAGUCAGAAAAGCAUGAAGACCCAAAUGAUGAGGUUUGCAGUGCUUCAACUGAUCCACCAGCAGCUCCUGUUGUGGAAUCAACCUCAAAUGUAAAGCCAUUUGACUUCAACCCCUCUAAAUCAUCAGUAACACCUGUAUGGCUACAAAUCAGCAAAAGAUGGAAGGAGAAAUUAGAAAAGCUUGUGAGCACUGAUGGAAGUAAACUCACCAGAAUUCGGAGCAUUGUUUAUGUAAAUGAUGCAGAUUUCCGCAUAGCGCAGGGAAGUGAUGGUACUGAAGUCUUUUUGGGGCUGAGAGAUGAUGGCACUGAAGUUGCAAUUAAGAGAAUGUCUAAGAGCAACUAUCGAGUGCUGAAGAAUGAGGAGGGACUUCUACGGCUUCCUGAGCUUGAUGAUCAAUCUAUUGUACGGUACAUCGACUUUGCAGAGGAUGAGAACUUUGGAUACCUUUGUCUUCAACUUUGUGAAUACACCUUGGAAGAAUAUAUCGGAAAAAUUGAUGACAGUCUUCUGAGAAAGGAACUUGUCAGCCAGUUUCUUAACAGUUUAAAGGUGCUUCAUUGUCAAAAUCCUCAAAUUCUCCACCGGGAUCUCAAACCACAAAAUGUUUUGAUCGAUGUGACUGGAAGAGCAAAAUUAGCUGAUUUUGGCAUAAGUCGACGCUUACCCAAAGACCAAACAACUCAUCACACACGUGGUGCAGGAACAGAAGGCUGGAGGGCCAAGGAGACUUUAGAAGAAGAAAAUGAUGUAGGAUACAAGUGGAGCACUGAUAUACAGGUGGCAGGGAUGCUGAUUUAUUAUAUCCUGUCUGGAGGACACCAUCCAUUUGGUAAACCCUAUGAACGUAUGUACAACAUUCAUGAAGGGAGGUACAGUCUGAACAAUGUUCAAGAUGUGGUGGCAAAGGAUCUCAUUGAGUGGAUGAUCAACAAAGAUCCAAAGAACAGACCUAAGGUGGAAGAAUGCUUGAGCCAUCCCUUCUUCUGGACCAGAGAAAGGAGAGUCGAAUACUUGAGAAGGGUUGGAAACAGGAAAGAGGUGGCAGCUCGUCAUAAUCCAAACCAGGAAUUAAUUUCUUCACUGGAAAAAUGUGCUGGGGAUGUAUCCUACAGUCAGUGGAAAGAUAAGUUUCCACCAGAGUUGAUCCAGAGGGCAGAUGACAAGAAGAAACCCUACCCUGAGAACAUACUGGGAUUACUACGCUUCAUGCGAAACCUCCAAGAGCACUAUGCCGAGGAAGCAGCCAAAGUUGAUCUGAUGUUAUGGUUUCCUGAUCUGUUUGGCUGUGUUUACAAGUUUGCCAAAAACCAAGGGUGGAAUUCUGAGAUUUCCCUGAAGGAAAUGUUUAAAAGAGAAGACAUCACCACCAGCUUUGUAAUGCUGCCUACAAACCUUGAGGAACACCUAUGUGUCCCAAUUCAAGAGUCUCAACCCAGUGACUUGAAGUGAAGUUGGAUUCAAAAAGGAUUAAGGACUUCAAAAAAUGACUUCAAAGUCAGAAAAAAAAGCAUUUCUAGUGUAAUGGUUAUUAACAUGGCCCAUAGCAAGACUGCACUAAAGGUCAUUAUUUCAAGACUAUGAAUGUUCAACAUAUUUUCAACAGACAUUUUUUGUGACUUAUGUAUCUCUGUUUUAUGAUUUGUAUUUCUAUUUUGUGACAUUUUAUACUUUAUCUCAAGUACAAUCUGUAUAAGUAACCAUACUUUUAUUUUUCCAUUUUUAUCAUACUGUAAAUAGUCAGUGGCAUUGUAAGGUGGGGACCAAUGAAAGUAAGUAUGGGUCCCCCCAUGGGAAGGACCUUCAAAAAGAUUGUAAUUAAAACUUUGGCUGGAGAAAUAGUUUGUCUGAUUUUAUUCAUUUUAUUUAAAACAACAUUUGAGCAUCUUGGCAGCCUUCUGCUCCUCUGAAAAAGUGCACAUGGUUUAGUUCACUCUUUCGGUAGGGUGGACAAAAAUAGUUUGUCUCUAGAUGCGGUAGUGCACUAAUGCUGAGGGGUUGAGGUAAAGCUGUCAGCAUUAUCAUUCUUAGCCAAAAUUAAAUUUGUGUAUGGGCUUUAAUUUGGGUGAAAAAGAUUUUGGCUUGUGAGGUGAUGCUCACAAAUCAUUCCAAUGUUUGUAGUUGUAAAUUAACUAUCCUAAGGUACUUGUGUAGAAAAGAUGCAAGCCCAUAUUUAUGUAGCGCACUUGUUACCCUGACAAACAAUGAUGUGGGCUGCCCAGUUUGGACUCGCUUAAAAACAUAGAAUUUCAUGGGGUAAACUUUGUGCUGGUUCCUCAUUCAGUGGCAGACUUUGCCUCACCACAAGAGGGCAGCAUUUCAACACAUACAAGACAAACAUUUUUAUAUCCUGUUGACAGUUGUAAACAUGCUGUAUGAGUGAAACAUGCAUUUCUAGAAAGUAAGAUGUCACUAUAUGUUUGUUUUAAGUUAUAGUGUAAAAUUAUUGAGUUUUUAAAUUCUAAAAAUGUACUUGGCCGUGUGCUGUCUUCAUAAGAGUACCACAAAUAAACACAGGUCUUCUUUA